AUGGAUAAUUCACAAAAUAAUCAAACAAAUAAGAAUUUAAAUGAAUUACGUGCUGAUGUUACAGCAACAACAGAUGCUUUAAAAGUAACUGUUGAGAAAUUGGUUCAACGUGGAGAAAAUUUAGAUGUAUUAAAUAAUCGAGCAGAAGAUUUAAGUUCAACAUCAUAUCAUUUUCGUGGUACAGCACGACGUGUUAAUCGACAGAUGAGAUGGCAAAAUUAUAAAUUAACUAUUUUUAUUGUUUUUGUUAUUGUUUGUAUACUGGCUUUGAUUAUAUUAAUGGCUCUUCAUCCAUGGAAAAAGUGA